AUGGACCCAAAUAUUUCGGCAUCCGCUCUGGGUGAGCCACAACACCUGGGCAUCGGCUUCUACCUCCUCCCCUUCGCCACGUUCCUCUGCUUCCUCGUUCCGGUCCUCUACAUCUUCCCUCCGAUCCCGGCCACCACCAGCGACGCCCUCCGGUCAACCCACACCAAGAUUGGCGUCUCGCCGCCAAAGAGCAACCUCCGGGACCAGCACUCCGCCAAGGCCGAUGACACCGGCGUGAGCACCUCCAAUGCCGGCACCGGCACCGGGCCCGUCGCCCGUGUCAAGGCGCUCUGCGUCUACCCCAUCAAAUCAUGCCGCGGCAUCGAAGUGACCCGGAGCAAGCUCCUCCCCACGGGCCUAGAAUUCGACAGGCUGUACACUUUCGCCCAGCUCAAAUCCCGCUUCCCGGCCGCCGUGGACGACUCGGCCGAGGCGAAAGACGAACACACCUGGGAAUUCGUCACGCAGCGCCAGUUCCCCCUCCUCGCGACGAUCAAAGUCGACGUCUACGUGCCCGACGCGACCAAAUCCACCGUCUUUAUGGAAAAGUCGUCCGACGCGUGGAUCGUGAUGCGGUUUCCCUGGCGGGAACCGGGGUUCCGGGGUACCAUGUCGUGGGUGGCAUCCAAGAUCCGGGACGGGUGGAGGGGCCAGCCGGAGAUGGAGGUGUUGUUGCCGGUCGAGUUCCCGACGGACGCGGAGAUUGCGGAGCGCGGGUAUACGCGCGAGGACGUCAAAGUGUGGAAGGAGGUCGUGCCGGCGCUGAAUAUGGAAAAGGAGCUUCCUGGGGAGCUGUGUCGGUAUUUGGGGGUGAGCAACAAGUUGGCGCUGUUCCGGGUUGAUCCGGGGCAGUUGAGGGAGGUGUACCGGUGUGCGCCGAGGAAGGAGGAGGCUGGGUAUCAACCUAUUGUUGGAUUCCAGGAUGCUGACUUUGACGCCAAGGUACCCAAGGACGACGAGCUCAAGCAUCUCGACGUCAGGAGGUUCCGGUCCAAUAUCAUUGUCUCUGGUACGCCAGCCUACGACGAGGAAUCAUGGAAAUGGGUAAACUUCACCCAGGGCACCUCAAAGGUCACCGUCCCGGCAAAGUUCCAAGUCUCGUGCCGUACCGUCCGCUGCAAAAUGCCAAACGUCGACCCAGUAACCGGCGCCCGCCACGGCGCCGAACCAGACAGGUCCCUCCGCAAGCUCCGCGACGUCGACGAGGGCGCCCCGCGCAUGGGGUGCCUCGGCAUGCAAAUGUGCCCGCUCUUCGAGGGCACCGACCGCGUCGAGUACAUGCAGGCCUGGCUCGAGGUCGGCAUGGACGUCUCCGUGCUGGAGCGCGGCGAGCACGUGUACAUCAAGCAGUGA